CUUCGGACCUGUUGCAGAGCGAUUCCCAGCCAGAACAAUGUUAGGAGUGAAUUCGCUGCUGGCGAUGACGUUCCAAUUCGGAAAUAUUAUCAGAAAUCUUCCACGGGUAUCAUAUGUGAAAGCGAUAGAUGUUUGGAUGCUGAGCGGUAUGUUGUUCAUUUUUCUCUCACUGCUGGAAUUGGCCGUUGUUGGAUUCAUGUCCCGAAACGAAGGUCUGCCCCCGAAGGUCAAGAAAAAGCGGAAACGCGAGGAUCUCUGAUGACGAGUUUUCUUGGAAAGGCAUCCAAUCAAGCCCUCAUCUUGAGUUACGGCAGUUUUGGGUCGACAAGCGCUCACUCUGUCCGUAAUAGCUCGGAUUUACCAUCUGAUGAACCGCCUGGGAUUGAGGCGCCGUAUCCACCAGUCCAUAGAUCUCGUCCACAACGCGAUUUACUCGCAUCAAUACGAAAGUGGUGGAAAAGAUUAGGACCAUUACGGCCAGAGACGGUUGACUUCUAC